AGAAAUUCAUUUAUGUGAUCAGUCAGGCAGUAUGUUUGUGUGUGUGUGUGUGUGUAUGUGUGUGUGUGUGUGUGUGUGUGUGAGUGGAGGGUACUGUUGCAUGUCAGAGAGCAAAGAAACACAGUUAUCUAGGAAUCUGAGCCAAAGGAGCUUCACUAACAGGAGAGGUAGAGAGAGGGAGGUAAAGGGAGAGAGGGAGGGAGGGAUACAGGGAAGGAAGGGGAGAUCAAAUAAAAGAGAAAGAGAGCAGAAGAGAGAGUGAGAUGCAGACAGAAACAGACAAUGUGAAAGGCAGUGCAGAGUGAGAGUGAGUCUGUCUGAUAAAGGUACACUUAAAGAGACACAGGGGAAGAUACAUCAUCUAAUGAGGACAAAACAACUACAGAUUUGAAAGAGAAAAAACAGACUGACUGAUUCAGACACUGGAGCGCUAAGAAGGAAAAGGAGGCAACACUAAUUCAGUCCAACGGGUCAUUUGAACUCCUCUCUUUUUCCCAUGAGUGGCUUGAGCGGUGUGCGUGGGUGUGUGUGCGUUCUGCGCUGGCUUUUGCUGGGUGUGUGUAUGAUGUCUGAAUGUGUGUGGAGUCAGAGGGACAGUUUGGUGGCCGGACCCCCCAGCAGAAGGUGUGAGGGGGCCUGCAGUGAAACCCCAUCACCCCCAAAAGCGCACCUCACAAAUACCCAGGUCAUGCUGUCCAGGAAAACACAGGAGACCCGCCAAAGAAACCAGCAGGCAUCUGCCAUCUCAGAGCGUCUGGUGCAGCUGCAGCGUUGUAUGAAACAGUAUGAGCCAGCCACAGGCAAUCGAGGUGAUGGAUCUGACUCACUGGCGGCCAUUUUGGCUCUAAUGACCGCAGUCCUAACCGAGUGUGACCUGCACUGCCACAGUCAGAGGCUAAGAGACAUGGCCAGCAGGCUAGAGGGUGCAGCUGUGGGGAGAAAUGGAGAAAAAGAUCUGCUGCUGCUGCUAAAGAGCAUCACGAUGUCUGCCUCCACAACUGCACCACAGACUCCUACAGUGGCUCCCUCUGCAGGCCUUUAUCCUCACGACUGCUAUGAGAUCUUUCAGUUAGGAGUUAAAGAGAAUGGAAUUUACACCAUACAGCCAGACCCUCAACAACCAGCACUAGAGGCUGUGUGUGAUAUGGAGUCUGCGGGCGGGGGGUGGACAGUUUUUCAGCGCAGAUUUGACGGACAAGUGGACUUUAACCGGACGUGGAGAGAGUAUCGAGAUGGCUUCGGCUCUGCACAGAAGGAGCACUGGUUGGGGAAUGCAGUCCUUCACGCUCUCACAGCCAAUGGACAACACACACUCCGCAUCACACUCCAAGACUGGCACCAACAGACACGACACGCCACCUACAACAAAUUUAAAGUGGCAGGAGAGAACCAGAGGUUCCGUCUGACUGCGCAAGAAUAUCGUGGAGAUGCUGGUAACGCCCUCAGUUACAGUAAACGCUACAACCACGAUGGCAGAGCUUUCAGCACACACGACCGGGAUCACGAUCGCUAUGUAACUGGAAACUGCGCUCAUUACUAUGGCGCAGGCUGGUGGUUCGAUUCUUGCCUGGCUGCCAAUCUGAAUGGCCGUUAUUACCGCGGACGCUACAGUGGAAUCACAGAUGGCAUCUACUGGGGCACCUGGUACAUCCUCACUGACUCUCGCACUGGAGAGAGAUACUCAUUCAAGAGUGUGGAGAUGAAGACACGACCCAAACGGCCCUGA